CAAGUUUGGCAUUGUUAAACGAGUUUAUUUGUAUUACAAUUCGAAAUGUACAGUACUAGAUAAACGUCUGAUGUGCACAGACAAUCCCCAAUAAAAAAAGUAAAAAAGAAAAGAAACUACAUAUACCAUGGGAUGCAACGGCCAUCCGUUUACGGCAAGCGAAAGAGGAACUGCGGGGCGGGGGCGCGCACGCAAUAGUCUGUUGGCAGACAAAGUGCUGAUGAGACAACGAAAGCUGAACGGUUUCAAUAUAUUUUUACUGCAUCGAUCUCAAGGAUUUGGAAUUGAAGAAUGCAGGGCAAUGCUGACAAGGAUACAUUAAAUGUAAAUACAACAUAAAAAGCUAACACAUGCUGAAUCAGUAAUGUACCUACAGGGACAGCAUAUCAGACAGGAGGGCAUUUAAUAAAGCUAUAUUUGUUUUGUAUACUUUUUCAGAGGCAUUGCCAAGUGGUAUUCAGCUCAUCACUGUACAAGCUGGUUUUGAAAGCCUGCUGUAAAACGGUCAAUAUAACUGACAUUACUGAGUAUCCAUACGUAGCUUUUACCCAGGACACUACAGAGGCAAAUAUAUCAAACACAGGUCUACCUCAACAUAAAAUAAUCAAAUCAUUCCUCAGUUGUACUGAUGUAAACCAGAUCAGGACAAACAACCAUUCAAUUUCCUUUCACUGAAAACAAUACACUCACAGAGAGAAGGUGCAGACAUCAUCAUAGUUGAUAAAUUCCGCACAGAAGUUCCCAGGACAACACAGUGCACAUUCCGUACGGGUCAAGGUUAGUGUCUGGGUAGCAGUUAGGUCACGCACACAUAUCCCACCCCCACCCACUCCUCACAGCAUUCCCACAAUCCUCCAUUUCUCUUUCCCCCCCCCCAAAUCCUGACAACGGCUGAGAAUUUCAAUGGAGCAGCGUGGAGCCUGUGUCCCCCACCCGCUCUUCGUCAGCUGACUGGCUGACUUCACAUCUCCUACGCGCGACUGCACGUCCUCCCUGACCUUCGAACUCUUCCCUGCCACCGCCCCCACCCUCUGGUCGCCAUGGCGUCAGUGCGCUUCACCGUGACGCCCACCAAGGCCGAGGACGUGCCGGGGCUGUCGGACACUUCGCCGGACGUCAGCCUGCGCUCCUGCAGCCGGGUGCACUUUGGCUCGCGGGAGAGCAUCAGCCGCAGCGAGCCGCACAGCGAGGGGGCCUCGCUUGGACUCCCGGGGAACGAGACACCCGACUGCAACUCCGAGCAAGGCGAUGGAAAGAUCUCCAGCGUGUACAUCAAUAAUUCCCAUGGGAUGGACGAUGAUGACUUCUAUGACAGAAACCUGGCUCUGUUUGAGGAGGAGAUGGACACUCGGCCGAAGGUGUCGUCUCUUCUCAGUCGUCUGGUCAACUACACAAACCUCACACAGGGGGCCAAGGAGCACGAGGAGGCCGAGAUCAUCGGAGACAAACGCAAAAUCGGCAAGUCUCCUCAAAUGGGCACGUUCAUGGGCGUCUACCUGCCAUGCCUGCAGAACAUUUUCGGGGUGAUCCUCUUCCUCAGGCUCACCUGGGUGGUGGGCUGUGCUGGGGUCCUGCAGGCGCUCUGCAUCAUCUUCAUCUGCUGCUGCUGUACUCUGCUGACCGCCAUCUCUAUGAGUGCCAUUGCCACAAAUGGAGUUGUACCAGCGGGGGGUUCGUACUUCAUGAUCUCGCGGUCGCUGGGUCCUGAGUUCGGGGGAGCCGUGGGUCUAUGCUUCUACCUGGGCACCACCUUCGCUGGAGCCAUGUACAUCCUGGGAGCCAUCGAGAUACUGCUGCUGUACAUCGCCCCGAGCGUGGCUCUGUUCAAGGGGUCGGACGCGAGCAGCGAGCAGACGGCCAUGCUGAACAACAUGCGCCUCUACGGCUCCCUCUGCCUGCUGCUCAUGUCGCUGCUGGUCUUCGUGGGCGUCAAGUACGUCAACAAGCUGGCCUCGGUCUUCCUGGCCUGUGUGGUCAUCUCUAUCCUCUCCAUCUACACCGGCGCCCUCGUCUCCGCCUUCAGCCCGCCCGAGUUCCCGGUGUGUAUGCUGGGGAACCGCUCCAUCUCGACCCAUCAGAUCAGCCUCCAGGAGUGCAGCAAGACUGUUCUGGUUCCAGCGCCGCCCGACACCUCGCUCCCGCCCACCUUCACCCGGCGUGCGCCCAGUGUGGAGCGUUUCUCGCUGCUAUGGCAACGCUUCUGCAACAGCACGGAGGCCAACACCUCGUGCGAGUACUUCCUGCAGAACAACGUCAGCCACCUGGAGGGCAUCCCUGGCAUGGCCAGUGGAGUUAUCAAGGAGAACCUAUGGAGCGUGUACCAGAGUCAGGGGGAGGUGCUUGAGCAGGGCUCUGGCCCCUCCCCUGACCAAGUCCAGCAGCCCAACCACCUGCCGUACAUCUUCGCCGACCUGACCACCUCCUUCACCGUGCUGGUGGGCAUCUUCUUCCCCUCCGUCACAGGCAUCAUGGCGGGCUCUAACCGCUCGGGGGAUCUGAAAGAUGCUCAGCGCUCCAUCCCCAUUGGCACCAUACUGGCCAUCCUCACCACAUCCUUCGUCUACCUGAGUUGUGUGGUGCUUUUCGGAGCCUGCGUGGAAGGCGUGGUGCUAAGAGACAAAUUUGGAGACUCUGUGAGUGGGAACCUGGUGGUGGGUACUCUCUCUUGGCCCUCCCCCUGGGUCAUCGUGAUUGGCUCCUUUUUCUCGACGUGCGGUGCUGGCCUCCAAUCACUGACAGGCGCACCCCGUCUCCUGCAGGCCAUCGCUAAGGACAACAUCAUCCCCUUUCUGAGGGUGUUUGGACAUGGUAAGGCGAAUGGUGAGCCCACGUGGGCUCUGCUGCUGACUGCUCUGAUCGCUGAGCUGGGGAUCCUCAUUGCCUCUCUGGACCUCGUUGCACCCAUCCUCUCUAUGUUCUUCUUGAUGUGUUAUCUGUUUGUGAAUCUGGCCUGUGCACUGCAGACGCUGCUCCGAACCCCCAGCUGGAGACCACGCUUCUCCUACUACCACUGGACUCUCUCUUUUUUGGGCAUGACGAUUUGCCUCGCGUUGAUGUUUAUAUCGUCAUGGUACUACGCCAUUGUUGCCAUGGCGAUUGCAGGCAUGAUCUACAAGUACAUUGAGUACCACGGGGCAGAGAAGGAGUGGGGUGAUGGCAUCAGAGGUCUGUCUCUCAGCGCUGCUCGCUUUGCCCUGCUCAGGCUGGAAGAGGGAGCUCCUCACACUAAAAACUGGAGGCCUCAGCUGCUGGUGCUGUUGAAGCUGGACGAGGAUGCGCACGUGAAGUCCCCACGGCUGCUGACGUUUGCUGCCCAGCUGAAGGCGGGAAAAGGCCUGACCAUCGUGGGCACUGUUCUCUCCGGGAACUUCCUGCACAGCUAUGGCGAGGCACUGGCCGCCGAGCAGACUCUGAAGCACCUGAUGGAGAAGGAGCGGGUGAAGGGCUUCUGCCAGUGCAUCGUGGCCCAGAAGCCCCGCGAGGGCAUCAGCCACAUGAUCCAGUCCAGCGGCCUGGGCGGCAUGAAGCCCAACACUGUAGUCAUGGGCUGGCCCCUCGCCUGGAGACAGAGCGAGGACCCGCAGUCCUGGAAGACCUUCAUCAAUACGGUGCGGGUGACCACAGCGGCCCACCUGGCUCUGCUGGUGCCCAAGAACAUCUCCCUGUUCCCCACCAGCAGCGAGCCCUGCACCGAGGGCACCAUCGACGUCUGGUGGAUCGUCCAUGACGGAGGCAUGCUCAUGCUGCUCCCCUUCCUGUUGCACCAGCACAAGGUGUGGCGUAAGUGUGCCAUGCGGAUCUUCACAGUGGCUCAGAUGGAGGACAACUCCAUUCAGAUGAAGAAGGACUUGGCCACCUUUCUCUACCAGCUGCGGAUAGAGGCCGAGGUGGAGGUGGUGGAAAUGCAUGACAGUGACAUCAGUGCGUACACGUACGAGCGAACUCUGAUGAUGGAGCAGCGCUGCCAGAUGCUCCGGCAAAUGCGUCUCUCCAAGUCCGACCGCGAGAAGGAGGCUCAGCUGGUGAAGGACCGCAACUCCAUGCUGCGCUUGACCAGCAUCGGCUCCGACGACGACGACGACACAGAUGGAUGUUCAGGCGGAGCGGGAGCAACAGCAGCAUCAGGAGGAGGAGGAGGAGGAGGAGGAGGUGGGGACCGCAGCGAGCGCAGCGGAGGAGGAGGAGGAGGAGGAGGAGCGACAGGGGCAGAGAACCAGCGGGUGCACAUGACCUGGACCAAAGAGAGGGCGCAGCGGGUCCUCCUCACGCAGACGCAAACUUACACACACUCUGGCUGCAGCACGCCCGAGGGCUUCAGAGACAUGCUCAGCAUCAGGCCGGACCAAUCCAACGUACGGCGCAUGCACACUGCGGUGAAGCUCAAUGAGGUCAUCGUCAACAAGUCCCAUGAUGCUCGGCUGGUCCUGCUCAACAUGCCCGGUCCACCCAGAAACCCAGACGGAGAUGAGAACUACAUGGAGUUUUUGGAGGUACUCACAGAGGGGCUGGAACGUGUCCUAUUGGUCAGGGGAGGAGGAAGUGAGGUCAUCACCAUCUACUCCUGAUUGAACAGCAAGAUGGAAAUGUUUCCAAAUAUUUUUUUUGCCAACAGUGAGGGGGUGAAAGGGAGGUAUUGCUAGCAGAUGGAUGCCCCCUCCCUCCUCCAAACAAUCCAAAACCCCAACCUUCAGUAUGGACAUUUAAUUGGCCAUUGUUAUUGCAACUCCCACCAGCUAGUAUAUAAUAACUUUUUGGCCAUUGUUUCCCUCUCCUUCUACCACUCCUUGUUAGACCACUUGAGAACAUUUAAAAAGCCAAUCCACAUCUCAUUCCAAUUCACCCCCUCAAAACAAGCAGUGUCUGAGUGCAAUGUUUGAGUGCUCUGUGCUCUUUGUCGACCUGUGGGUGUGCGUGUGUGUGUAUGUGUGUGUGGUGGAGAAUGUAUAGGCCCAUGAGUGUAUCAUCAAAAGUAGUUGACUGAAAGUGAGAUUGAAGAUUGAAAGGGAAAUCAGGGACCAGUUGUGAGCUGACAGACAAGACAACACAAGUUGGAUAGUGUGUUAGUGUGUGCGUGUCUGUGUGUGUGGUAUCUAUGGAGUGCGGUGUCGUGGACCAAUGUUUAAACCACACAAAACACAGUGGAACAGAGAUUGUGUUCCAUUGGAUUGACUCAGGAGUAGCUUCAGUAGGUUUGAUAUUGGACCUGGUGUGACCAUAUGUGUGUGUUUGAGCGAGUUUGAAGGUAGUAGUAUAUGUCGAUCCAUCAUGUCAGCUCUGUGCACAUGCAUGGUCAUCAAGAAGAAGUGUGUGUGUGUGUGUGUGUGUGUUGCCCAAAAGGCAAGGGGCAGGAGGGGGCAAAUUUCCUUUUUGAAAAGGGUAACAGUGUUGUAGCAAUAUAGAUCUGGCCUUGUUGCACAUUGGACCACUAUAGAGAGGACCAUCACAAAGCAUGCUGUUCAGUGAUGUUAAGUGUUCAAACUGUGGUCUGCAAAGUGUGUGUGAGAGAGAGAGAGAGAGAGAGAGUGAGUGUGUGGUAGUGUAAUUGCUUGUAGAAUCCAUAAUGGGCGAAGUUAUUUGUGCGCUGCUUUUUUCUUCGCUUGACACUUUUGCGGUCCUGUGCUGUCCAAUCCACCACCAAAACUAUACCUCCUUUGCCAUCGUCUCCUGGUGUCUCCUGCUGUGUGUGUGUGUGUGUGUGUGUGUGUGUGUGUGUGUGUGUGUGUGUGUGUAUGUGUGUGUGUGUGUGUGUGUGUGUGUGCGUGCGUGCGUGUGUGUGUGUGCAUGCGUAUGUAUCAGCUGCCUACAGCAACGCUUGUGAACUCAACUCAACAGAGGAGUGGGAAGGAGACAUUUUAUUCCACUAACCUUCUUGUCUCAGUGUUGUUCAUUUAAUGUGCAGGGAUUGUAUUUGUUUCUGUUUCUUGGCUUGUAUAUACACAAAGAUGUCCCAGAUUUUAUCUUUUUUUUUAAUGCCAUCAGUUGAAUAUUGACAACUGCUUGAAAACUGGGAAUAAACCAAUUUUGUGAAGAAA